AGUGCCAGUGGUGGUAGAAGUGGUGGAGGUGGUGGUGGUGGUGUGGGCAGUGCGUGCGUCCGCGCGGCGCGACGCGAGACGCCACAACCAUUUACGGGUACGGCGGCGCCGCCGGGUGGAACACUGAACCGGGAGUGGUUCGUGUCGCCGACAUGCUGACGUCCAGCGCCAACCAGUACCUGCGGCCGGAGUACCUCACGCCGCUGCCGACGACGCUCGGGGGCGGCGGGCUGCGGCAGGCGGCGGCGGCCGCGCGCCGCGCCGCAAGGCGGGGCGGCAGGCUCGGGCGGGCCGUGCCCGGCGCCGGGUGCGCGCAGUGCGAGCACGCGGGCAAGGCGGCGGCGGCCGCGGCGGCCGCCAGCGGCUGCGUCGAGCGUCCUUGCGAGCCGUCCGCCGGGGCUACAGCCGCCGGCCGCGGAAGGAUCGUGUUGGUUUAUUAA